AUGGACAACCUGAGAGCUAUCCAUCAAGUAGUUCAGACAGAGACCUUUGCCACCUCCGCCGUGGUGGGUGUUUUGUCUUUGCUCUUUUUGCUCUUUCUCAAGCUCAGAGUCAGAGACAAACAUUCCAAACUUCCCACAGUACCAGCGGUUCCAGGGCUACCAGUGAUAGGGAAUCUGUUGCAAUUGAAAGAGAGGAAACCUUACAAGACCUUCGUACAGUUAGCCGAGAAAUAUGGGCCCAUUUAUUCCAUCAAAACCGGUGCUUUCACUGUCAUUGUCCUCAACUCCGUGCAGGUUGCUAAGGAGGCAAUGGUGACAAGAUUUCCGUCCAUUUCAACAAGGGCGCUGUCAAAUGCACUGAAAGUUCUGACUUAUGAUAAAUGCAUGGUUGCUACAAGUGACUACAAUGAUUUUCACAAAAUGGUCAAAAGGCAUAUUCUUACAAACGUUCUAGGAGCCAAUGCACAGAAGCGACACCGUUCCCACAGAGAAACCAUGAUGGAAAAUAUUUCAAGGCAGUUUCAAGAACAUGUGAAGACCUCCUCUGCUUCGGCUGUUAAUUUUAGAAACAUAUUUGCAUCUGAACUUUUUGGACUAGCACUGAAGCAAGGUAUGGGAAACAAUGUAGAAUCUGUUUAUGUGGAGGAGCUUAUGAGAACUUUGUCAAGAGAGGACAUAUAUAAGAUUCUAGUGCUUGACGUGAUGGAAGGUGCACUUGAGGUGGAUUGGCGAGAUUUCUUUCCAUACUUGAAAUGGAUUCCAAAUAAGAGUUUUGAGAUGAAAAUUCAGAAAAUGACCUUCCGCAGAAAAGCUGUGAUGAAGGCUUUGAUGAAUGAACAAAAAAAGCAAAUGGCUUCAGCAAAGGAAGUAAAUUGUUAUCUUGAGUACCUGUUAUCCGAAGCAAAAGAACUCACAGAAGAACAAGUUUCCAUGCUGCUUUGGGAGACCAUAAUUGAGACAUCAGAUACUACAUUAGUCACAACUGAGUGGGCUAUGUAUGAACUUGCUAAAGACAAAAGACGCCAGAAUCGUCUUUAUGAGGAGCUUCAAAAUGUUUGUGGAUUUGAAAAGCUUACUGAAGACAAAUUAUCUAAGCUACCAUACUUAGGGGCUGUCUUCCAUGAAACUUUAAGGAAGCAUAGUCCAGCUCCAAUGGUCCCACUAAGAUAUGUACAAGAAGAUACCCAACUUGGAGGAUAUCAUAUUCCUGCUGGAAGCCAGAUUGCAAUAAACAUAUAUGGAUGUAACAUGGACAAGAACCAGUGGGAAAAUCCUGAGCAAUGGAUGCCUGAGAGAUUUCUUGAUGAGAAAUAUGACACCAUGGAUUUGUACAAGACUAUGGCGUUUGGAGCAGGAAAGAGGGUGUGUGCAGGGUCUCUUCAGGCAAUGUUGAUUUCUUGCACAGCAAUUGGUAGAUUGGUUCAGGAAUUUGAGUGGAAGCUCAAUGAAGGGGAGGAAGAAGAGAAUGUGGAUACGGUUGGCCUUACCACCCACAGGCUCCAUCCACUGCAAGUGAAACUCAAGCCAAGAAAUCAAAGCAAUUGA